AUGUACCAGAUAGGGAACAUCUACUUCAUCACGGCCAUUGCCGUCAUUGGUGGUGGCCUGUUCGGUUUCGAUAUCUCCUCGAUGUCUGCCAUCAUCGGCACGCAGCAGUACAAAUGCUAUUUCAACCAAGGCCCGCAUGGACCUCCGCAAUGCUCUGGUCCCCGAUCUGAUGUCCAGGGUGGCAUCACUGCGUCCAUGCCUGGCGGUUCAUUCGUCGGUGCUCUAGCAUCAGGCUUCUUGUCUGAUAUCUUUGGUCGCAAGAGAGCGAUUCAAAUUGGUGCCGUCAUCUGGUGUAUCGGCUCGAUCAUCGUGUGCGCUUCCCAGAACAUUGGCAUGCUUGUGGUUGGUCGUUUCAUCAACGGAUUCAGUGUCGGUAUCUGCUCUGCUCAAGUCCCCGUCUAUGUGUCCGAACUGGCACCUCCCAGCAAACGAGGACGAGUGGUCGGAGCCCAACAGUGGGCAAUUACCUGGGGUAUCCUGAUCAUGUUCUACAUCAGCUACGGCUGCAGUUUCAUCAAUGGCGUAGCUGCCUUCCGUGUUCCGUGGGGCUUGCAAAUGAUUCCUGCCAUCAUCCUCUUCUUUGCCCUCUUCCUCCUUCCAGAGAGUCCCAGAUGGUUGGCACGCAAAGAUCGCUGGGAAGAGUGCCACGGUGUUUUGGCUCUUGUUCACGCAAAGGGCGACCGCAAUGCACCUUUUGUGCUGCUCGAGCUCAACGAGAUCAAGGACAUGUGCGAGUUCGAGCGCAGAAAUGCCGACGUAACAUACCUCGAGCUGUUCAAGCCCAAGAUGCUCAAUCGAACGCAUAUUGGUGUUUUCACCCAGAUCUGGAGCCAGCUUACUGGUAUGAACGUAAUGAUGUAUUACAUCACUUAUGUCUUUGGCAUGGCUGGUCUCUCUGGCAAUACGAACCUGGUGGCCUCGUCGAUUCAAUAUGUCAUCAACGUCUUCAUGACUAUCUUCGCCCUCAUGUUUAUCGAUCGUUGGGGACGUCGAUGGCCACUGAUGAUUGGCUCCACCUUCAUGGCUAUUUGGAUGUAUGCCAAUGCCGGACUGAUGGCCUCUUAUGGCUCUCCGGCCCCUCCUGGAGGAGUCGACCACGUCGAGGAAGAGUCCUGGCAGAUUCACGGUGGCGCGGCCAAGGGUGUCAUCGCUUGCACAUAUUUGUUCGUGGCGUCCUUUGCUCCAUCGUGGGGUCCGGUAUCGUGGAUUUAUCCGCCCGAAUUGUAUCCUCUGCGCGUCAGAGGCAAGGCAGUCGCUCUGACCACAUCGGCCAACUGGAUCUUCAACUUCGCCCUCUCAUACUUCGUCCCUCCAGCAUUUGUCAACAUCAAGUGGAAGGUGUACAUCAUUUUUGGUGUGUUCUGCACGGCCAUGACCAUUCACGUAUUCUUCUGCUUCCCUGAAACGGCCGGCAAGACUCUCGAAGAAGUUGAGGAGCUCUUCUUGAGCAAUGUCAAGCCGUGGAACACUCGCGUCGAGUAUAACAAAAUCAAGAGAGAAGAGCAUGGCGAGGUCGAUGCUGAGAGGAAGCUGAGCUACGCUCUCCACCAUGAGCGGCAGGAAAGUGACCAUGCUGAGGUUGGUCACACGACUCAAACAGUCGAGAAAAAUGAGGCGUCCUGA